GCUGAUCGCGCUCGCAAAAUGUGCACUCAACAUGGCGACUCCGAUAUGCGCUGUCUGUGCAGUUUGAGUCCGAAGUAUUUUUUGCCGCUUGUGGCCUGAACUACCGAGAUGGAAAGAAACAAACAACUUGGAAAGAAACUGCCAGGAAGGAGAAUCCUACCGGCAGGCGAGAUUAUCGCUCUUGGGGCCAAGUCCCGCCCAGGAGGAGGGCAAGAUGGCUCGGAGCUCCGCGCCAACCCAGAAUGGAAGAGGGAAGCCCCAACCACCUCGGCUGGACCUCCUCACAAGAUUGCCAAGGUCUCUGGCCAGACCUUCACCCCUCUGGGUCGGGGGGUGCCUGAGAGCAGCAAAGGAGGGGCUGGAGAGCAUGUCAUCAAGCCAGGCAUCAAGACAAUCGAAGUGCCAGCCUCAGAGCUCUUAGAUCAAGUCCUAGAUGCUGACGGGGCAGAAGAUGACGACCGCAUCGACGGACUGCUGUGUGGCGCCCUCAAGACACUGAAGAGCACUCGGGCCAAGCCUGGAUCGCAGCUGUACCUCAGCUUGAUGUACCUGGCCAAGAUCAAACCCAUGCUGUUUGAAUCGGAAGACGUUGUGGAUUACGUCUGCAGCCUGCUCAAAAGAGACAUCAGCUUGAGCUUCAAGAGUAAAGGCAACCCUCUGGUCUCCGUGCUAGCCUGUAACCUCCUCAUGCAUGCCUAUCUCUAUGAGGAUAACUGGCCCAUAGCAUUUGUCAAGGUCUUCCUCGAAGACGCCAUGGGGGAGAGGGUUUGGGUAGACCAUCCCAGCUGUCGUGAGUUCUGCAGUAACAUCCAGACAGCGUUUGGCACCAAGAUGCCACCUCGUCACCUCAUGCUGCCCAUCGACCAGCUACGCCAUUCCACCAGCACUCCCGAUCUCCAAAGUGGAAGUCCACUCCGGGACGACAGCGAUCUGUCUUCAGAGUCAGCUGCCAACCAAACGAGUGAGGACAUGGAUUUGACUGCAGACGUACAAGCCGAGGGGGUGACUGCAAGAUAUAGUCUUCUGAAGGACAGCAUAGAGACAUACGUGGUAGACUUUGUUCGUGACCAGCUGACACGACGGCAGGGAAUGGACACUCCAAGGAACCUGCUGCGCGUCUUGACUGCGGCAUGCGGCUUUCCUGAGGUCCGACUCCUAGCAGCGACGAGACUAGAGAUGUGGCUGCAGAACCCUAAGCUGACGCGGCCUGCCCAGGAGCUCCUGAUGGCAGUCUGUCUGAACUGCGACACCCACGGCCAGGAGGAUGUAGAGGUCAUAGGUCAUCUCAUUAAGAUUCGUCUCAAGACCAAGCCUCUCAUUAAUCACUACAUGCUCAGCAUGAAGGAGUUAUUAAACCAGCAUUCUGACAACCUGUCCACCCUUCUGAAGCACACCAUCUACAACGAGUUGUCUAACUCACGCAAUCCCAACAACAUGCCUCUACUGGCAACUAUCUUCCAGCAUUCACCGGAGGCAUCAGCCAAGUUUUUGGCCAAUGUAUUCCAAGACCUGCUGAUGAACAGAGACGACUAUCUACGAGCUGUGAGGGCGCUGUUUCGAGAGAUUGUCAAAUCGUUACGUUAUGACCUAGACUUCCCAGCGUUCUGCAGGGGCCUGAUGAAGGAAAGAACUGACAAACAGUUCAUUGACAUGGAGGCCCAAUUCAAGGAUCGUAUGCUGCUUUCCCUGACUGACCUGAUUGUGUUAGCUGCUCUUCUUAGCGUCAGCCCAGCAAUAAAAGAGGCUGUGGCAGCAUACACCAGGGGUGACAGGAAAGACAUGGAUGUACUGAGAGCCUUCCAGAACCAGGCCUCCGUCAUGCAGAGAGAUGCAGUAUGGUGGCUGCACACCGUGGCGCCUAAAAUGUUCAAAGUCAACCAACAAGACUUCAAUCAAUGUUUGCAGAAAGUGCUGUUCAUGGAGCCGUCUGAAUCAUACUGCAGCAAAGAUAACUGGCCACCAGAGUCCGACAGAUCGUUGCUGCUGUCCCUCCUCUCAGAGGUGCCUGUUCAGGAGGAUACAUUGAUGAGGGUCCUAGUGAUGGGCUUAUCACGUGAGCUACCAUUAACAGCCGCAGAUGGCUUGGAGCUAGCGGACAAGUUAGUCAAGAGAGCUGCAGUGCUGUAUGCUGAAGAUUUUCCAGUACUGAAAGUUGAGAGGAUCCAGUUAAUUGACGCAGUGCUGAACCUGUGUGCCUACCAUCACCCUGAAAACAUCCAGCUUCCGCAGGGAUACUCACCACCUAGUCUGGCCAUUUCAAAUCUCUACUGGAAAGGCUGGAUCUUAUUGGUUGUCAUCACUGCAUUCAAUCCAACCAACAUAGGUCUGUCGGCAUGGGAACGGUAUCCAAUGCUGCGCUGUUUCAUGGAGAUGGUCAUGACAAACAAUUUCAAGUACCCUCCCCCUACAGCAGCCCCCGACGAACGUUCACAGGAGGAAGUCAGAACAAGGGAGCUGCAGGUGAUUGCGCUUGAGAAGCAAGAGAUCUUGGAGUUUGAGAACCACUUAGCGAGAGUGGCCAUCACCGAGGCUAACAGCCUACUCCUGUCACAGGUCAUACGUAUGGACCCUAACGGUAUAGCCAGGCGCCCCCCUGCUCAGGUGCUGGAGCAACUCCAACACUUCAAUAAAGUUUUGAAUCUCGGUCACAUGCUCUGCCGAAGCCGGUCCCCUGACUUCCUAUUGGAUAUCAUACAGAGACAGGGUACGUCACAGUCCAUGCCCUGGCUAGCCGAACUGGUCAACUCUGCUGAAGGUUCUCUGGAUGUUUUGCCGGUGCAGUGUCUCUGUGAGUUCCUGCUGAAUGACAACCAAGACAGUGACGCUGGAGAGGAGAGUAAGAAAGGAGAUGCCAAGAGAAAACAGCGUAUUGACAAGCAGGAGCAGUUACUGUCACGUCUUCAGACCCUCGUACGUGGACCAGACUCUCAAGCAUCUACCUGCUGUGAAGUCAUGGAUUACUUCCUGAGACGACUCAGUUCACAGCAGCAAGCCAGUCGCUCACUGGCUGCUAAGGGUCUGAUGAUGGUCUUGUCCGUGCCUGAGGAUAAAAACACAAUGGAGGAAGACAUGGAAACGGAAGACCCACCCUGGGCAUGCCCUACACUGAUGGCAUCACAUGAAUGGCUGUUGAAGAAUAUGCCCUCCCUCCCUCACUUUGACCCUGUCAGGGCAUCAGCCACUACUGCCCUCAGACAGGCUUGCCAGAUUGAGACGGACCCGUUAGCACUCAGUGCCUACGUCGUUUUUCUGUCGCAGUUUGCUCCAGUCAGUGAUCUGAACGACUUGGCAGUGGAUCUUGCCCAGUUGAUAGUGGAGCGACCAACCAUCGUAUCUUGCAUCCUACCUCGCGAGACCUACAACGAAGUAGCUGACGUCACCUUGGCAGCUAUGAUCAAAAUAUUCAGCCGCUACUUGCUCAAGGCUACCAAGCCUAACGAGGAAGGAUAUAGCUGGUCGGACACCCAGGACCAGGUAUUCCUGUACUGGCAGACUGGUGAAUCAGCCACUAUGCAUAUCCUGAUAGUCCAUGCUAUGGUCAUACUGCUGACCUACGGACAACCUAAAGUUGACAGUGAUUUCCAGCUCUUGCUACACUCCUGGUUCCCUGAGAAUAGCACCCCACCCCAGGCCUACCUAGUAGACACCUCAGAGGAUGCCUUGCUGCUUCCUGAUUGGCUCAAACUCAGGAUGAUCCGCUCCAGUGUGCCAGAACUCGUCAUUGCAGCUUUGCAAGAUCUGGAGCCAGCCCAGCUAGUUCUCUUCAUCCAGUCGUUUGGUAUUCCAACAGCCAGCAUGAGUCAGCUCUUGGCUCACCUGGAUGCAGCAGUCGUGCAGGACUCGCAAGCCAUGGAAAACGCGGUAGUGGACAAGGCCUACAUGGCUCAGCUGGUUGAAGUCCAGCAGAUGAGGGGGGCGUCCGGAGGGGUGGAGUUCCACAAACUGCUGACCGAAGGGGUGGAGGAACCCUCAGACAAGGACAAAGACAAAGUUGAGAGUAAGAAGGAGGAAUCUGUGGAGAAGAUGGACACUUCUGAGUCGGCAAUGAGAUUGCCUGAUGAAGACCACCAAGAGGAAUGGUGCAAGCUACUCAUCAAGUUAUUUGAAAAUGAGCCGUCAGAGGAAUCUCGACAGGUGUUUGCUAUCGUACAACAGGAGAUUUUGAAGGACAUUCGGAGACUGAGAACAGAUCCACUACACAAACCCUCUGAGAUGCUAACAAGCAGUUUGCUAAGCAUAGUGAAGGAUGGCAGUCUCCUUCUAAGUCAGCUUACCAUGCGGGCAGACAUCGGCAGUCCUCUCCUCAGUCUGCUACUCACGAGAGAGAAACUUCAGCAGAAGUAUGGGUCUCCUUCUACUUUUCCUGAGCUGGUGCAGUACCUUUGUGAAGCGCUACCUACCAAGGAAGGCACAUUGGCACAGACUCUGAUCCAUUGCCAGAAGGAACUCAGUGUCAGCUCUGUAGAUGUCAACGUCGACCAAGCCCUGAAGGAGAUGACUGGGGAUUCACAAGGAAACAAACAGGAAUCUAUGGAGAAGGUUGUGAAGGCAUUCAGACAUGGCCAAGCCCCUGCAAACGAUGAACUACUAGAGCAAGUUUGUAAGCAGCUCUUAGACAGCAACGCCAACCAGAUGGAGAAGUUACUGACAACCAGCCUGACAGCUAGCCAUGGUAGAAGAGCGCCCUCACAGGCCAGCCAGAGGGUAGGCAUGCUGAGCAGACUACUAACGCACCAGCAACAGAAGCACUCAUCAACGUCUGGUACCCAGACUUCUAGUCAUCCCCAACUCCUCGCCUCUACCUCCGGCCUCCUGACUGACUGGCUGGCUCUUCUGGAUCCAGAGGCAUGCCAGGCUUGCCCUGAUUUACAGCAGCAAGCCAUCUUUGCCCCAGCACCCCCUGGGAACAGGAACAGCCCCAUCAGCAGUGGAGACAGUCAGAAGCGAAUUGGUAGCGCGUAUCUACUGGCGCUACUGACCCAUCAAGCUAACUGGGGGACUCUACACAGGUGCAUUGAUAGGUUACUGGGGCCUGCUAGAAAUGCAUACAGUUUCAGUGCUACGGCUGUAUUGGAUUUCUUGUGGGCGUGCAUCCACAUACCCAAGAUCUGGCAAGGACGGGAUACAAGGGCUUCUAAGAGACACUCUGAAGAGGAUGUCUUAUGUCUGUCGCCGGACCAGAUCUGCGCAUUGGCUGAUUACAUCAUCCAGGAAGCGGCCGAUUCAUCAGGGCAGUACGGUGCCCCGCCUAGUGCCACACCCAAUGCCCCACCCAUUGCCCCACCCAGUGCCCCACCCAUUGCCCCACCCAGUGCCCCACCCGAUGCAGAUGAAGGUCUGACGGAACUGGCCUCUAACACCAUCAAAGCCCGGCUCUCCUUGCUCUUGACCAGUUUCCAUGGCAACAAGGGCGUGGCCGAGCACCUUAUCAGAUACCUUGGCGACUGUAGUCGCGAGACAAACCCGUCCUCUGCCCUAUACCAGCAGUUAUUACUAGAGCUAUACCUGCAGGUCCCUGAGACGAUACAGAAUCUCUCCUUCAUCAGUACCAAGCUACAAUCACAAGACACAAGUAAUAUACCCACCCCAGUUGACUGCCUCACACACAGGUUACUGUGCGUGUUAGCAGACAGCAAGCCGGGAGAUACAAGCAAGCAGAAGGCCGAUGAUGCCAACGUAGCCUGCCGCAAGCUGGCAGCAGAACACCCUGUACUCAUACUCAGGCAACUAGCCAUGGUGACCGUUCUGCUUCAAGGCCGGACCCAUCUUAACUUCAAAGAGUUCCGCGUCCGUGGUCACUUACGAUUCUUCAACCACAUCCUAGGAAUCCUACAACUUCUUGAACCUCAACUUUUUGCUCAGCCCUCUACAGUUCUGCAUGGCAUCAUGGAGGCCUACUUCCCUAUCCUACCGCAUUCUGUGAUUGCUAAGAAGCCUCUGGAAUCCAUCAUUACCAAGUUCAUCCAGCUUCUGUAUCAGUACUCCAGCCACAACCCAACCCAGGCUCAGCCGCUCCUUGAGAAACACUCAACAGCACUCAACAACCUAUCCCAGGUCUACCCAGACAUCCAGCAGCUCAAGUCCCUAUUGGCAAGCAUCACGCUGACCUCAUCCUCCAAGGACCAAUCAGGGCUUGGCUCCGCCCCCAACCAGGCGGAGCAAGCCAUGGAUGAGAUUCCAGGGGUCGGAGGUCGCGAGGAGACUUACUCGCCGACACUCGCCGCCAUGAUGGGGGCUGAUGCAUCGUGGGAUACCGAGGACGUCAAGUCGUUCGCUGAGAGACUAUCUCAGGAAGAAGAUUCCGAAGGCAUGGCUGAAGCCUUGAAUGAGCUGGAGGAGAAGUCUAGCAGUGCUGUGGGAAUCCUUCAAAAUUUUGUGACUGAAUUGUCCACUCAGAUGACAUCAUGCAACAAAGACUGCAGGCAGACGGCGUUUGUUCUCGUCAUUCGAUACAUCAGACACGACCCAAGUGUUGCCAGCAAGUUUCUACCUGCCUACAUGGAAUGUCUGAACAGCAUGGAUCAAGAAGUGGUACAGACAGCUUUGAAGAAUCUUCCUGAGUUCACGCUCCUCUGCCAAGAGAACGCUGAGGUUGUGCUGCAGAAAGCCUUCACCGUCGGAGUCAACAGCAAACUGUCCACAGUUCCACUCAUAGCAGAGACACUGAAACUACUCAGCAUGGAUAGUGCCUCAACAACCUCAAACACUACGACGCCAAGCUGAUGAUGGGCAUUCCUGAAACAACUCAGCAUGGAUAGUGCCUCAACAACCUCAAACACUACGACGCCAAGCUGAUGAUGGGCAUUCCUGAAACUACGAUGACCUCUUCAGCUUCAGCUCCAGGCUUGGCUAGCAUCAACAGAGCUUGAUACAACUGUCACAACGCAGAUGUAAUAAACUGUUACUGAAUUUGGACUCUGCCGAUACUUCAUCUAUCACAAAGCUGACGAUGCCUAUUCUGAGACGUGGCUUUGUCUCCAGGCUUGACUACCAUUGGAUGAAAUGAACAGUGAACAGUCGAAUCUCAUUUAACGGUCAUAUGGCAACUCAGACCUCGUACACUGUUUCUGAAUGUGGACUCUGCCGAUACUUCAUCUUCUGUUACAACACACAGUUGAUGAUGCCUUUUCUGAGACUUCGGCUUCAUCUCCAGCUUCUGCUCCCAGCUCAACUAGCAUCGACAGAAUGGGAUAAAAUAAAGUGUUAAUCAUUUUGCAACAUAGAUAAGAAUAUUACAUUGUUAUUGAAUACUCUUUCUACUACUUUGGCUCCAGACUGCAGCUUUGUGAUUUGGAGUUCCUUUCUUUUACGAUUGGGGCUUAAAAUAUCAUGUAUAUGUUGAUGUUCUGCUAAAAAAAACAACAUUUUGAGUAUUUCCAUUGUUGUUCCUACACAUUUUAAAGAGCCAGAUAGUAAGCCAAAGUCUAAAAGGAAUAUAGGGUUUGAAAAAUGGCUAUAAUAGUUGUCUUUAAUUGACCUACCACCAUUUGUGAGUUGGUCACGACCAUUAGACAACCGUUUGGAAUUUCCGUACGUUGAGUUUUGUUUGUCUCAGAUUUUGCACGUUCUGUGUCCAUUUGUAUAUCAUGUAAUUGGACAUUCAAAAGCUGCAUUGAUGUGAUUCUACCGUGAUACGUUAAUUGCAAUAAAACAGUAAAAACAAUUAAAAUGUUUUAUAUGGCAUAAACUACUACUGUAAUUACUCCAGUUUAUAAAUAUUGUUGCUUUGUUCUUGUUCUCAUUCUUGUACAUUGUACUAUAGAUUGAAAAAGAAAUCUCAUACUUGUCUACAGAGUGUCCAAAAAAAGUAAUCUGAAAGUUGUGGUUUAUGACUGUAAUGAAGUUAAAUACAUCAUAGUGCUCCUUUAAAAUCAUUCCAAAGAUUUUAAAAUUUACAUUGAGCCAUCCCAUGCCAUCAAUUUCAAAACAUACUUCGCAAUCAGCAUAGCUCAAAUCUUGGGCUGAUAGAUAUGUGUUUUGGGUGCAUUUUGGCAUGGGGUAGUUAUUUGCAGGAAUGAACAAAAGUCUUUGAAAUGAUUUAUCUUGUUAUAGAAAAGAUAUUUAAUUCUAUGUACCAACACCCUACCUUCAACGUGUUUAUAUGUUUGCAUAUUUUCAUUGACAUAAAAACGUUGAUGCAUUUAGUUACUAAUUUCAGUUGCAUGCUGAAAUUGUUGCAAACAAAAUCUUACUCUCAAAGUGAACCUGUGUAGAAAUUCUAUGAAAACUGUAAAAAAAUCCCGGGGAAAAUGACCAUAAAAAUACUUUACAUAGGAGCAAUGCUGACCAUGUGCAGUGUUUAUAGGAAUGGAUAGAGUAUUUGCAACUAAUUUCACAAAUGUAAAAACCUAUGUUUCAUGGACAAUUUGGAAAGAAAAAGUUUGAAAAGGAAAGCCUGGCUUUAGUUUGGAGUUAAGUUGGGGCCUCAUGAAAAGAAAAUGAUUCACGUACCAAGAAACAUGAGUCACCUUUAAAACAUUGAUUUUUCAUGUUUAAUUACUGUAAAAUGUGACCAGCAAAGGUUUUUAUAGGUCAGCAUACAUAAAUAUUUUGACUUUGAAAUUAGAGUUGUUGUAUACAUGCUCAUGUACAGAAUAAACCUUUAUUUAAAAAAAGAAGAA